GACUUUGAGUGCACCCAGCCAGAACCGUGCGCCAAAGUGGGUUCACGUGCCCGCGCAUGUAGAGAGUCAGAUGGGACUUGGCGAGUGACUCUCGCUCUUGGAAAAUUGGCGAGCGAGAUUGGCCAGACCAGCCGGCGUUUGUCAAUGGUGUCGAGAGUCCAACUGUUGGAGCAGCCGUUUUAAGUGGGAUCCAUCUGGCACAGUGAGGACAGAUGCGUUGCAUGCAUGUACUCCUGGCGGUGCUGUUCGUUGGCCUGCUGUGCAAAGGAUCAUGGGCCUUCCCGAGAUGCUGCUGGAGAAGGACGUGCAACUGCCCGCACUUCAGACGUCUCUUCGGUCCCCGUAACCAUGGACACGGCAUCCUCACCGUCGGCAAGAGGCAAAGAGGCGAGGGGGAAUACAAGUCCCUCCCCCGAGGGGAACACGACCCCUCCCAUGGAGGACUCCCCACCUCUCUGGUGGACCUCCACGACCGGGCCCAGGUAGACCUGGACCGACUGGAAGGGUUACCGGAACUUACGUUAGACCACGAUUAUAGUGAGCGGAAGAACCAGCUUGAACAUUCCAAGGUGUGGGAACUCCUGCACCAUCUUCGCCGGCUGCUGAAUCUGACAGCUGAGGCUGACGCCAGAUCUAGAAGACGACAGACCGAACUGCAGCCAUACGAAACUACUCCGAGACAUUGGCAGAUAUCAAUGCGCCGUUAAAGGCACCCCACAUAAGGACGUGACCCAAGACAAACAACAUUAAGUGAUUAAGAAAGUAAACAUAUAUCCAAACAAAGGCCACAUUGUUGAACUCACAUUUAUCUGUAAUAAUUGAGUCGAUAAAACUGAUGUACAUUUCAAACAGCUUAAACACAUUACUAAACAAAAUAAGUAGGGAACUAUCUUUUUUGUUUCAUUAUAUCUACAAAA